UAAAGGCUAACUAGCGACGGAGAUUGUUCUCUCUGCAGCUUUCUUGGUUUUGAGCUCAUAAAACACGAUGUGUUAAGUUACCCCGCGUGUACAAGUAAACAUGGAAGCGAGGGGGUUAGAGGAAGCGUUCAGAAGCGUUUACCCGCCGGCCUUCGGCUCGCGCUCAGCUCGGUCGGAGACUCCGGUGUUCUCCGCUUGGACGAGCGCGGAGCCUCUCCCUCCUCGCACCGGCUCCAGCUCCGCUUCUGGAUGUAGUUUCGGGGACGGCUGUUGCGGUUGCAAACUUCCACAGAACGCCGCGUUCCAGUCCGGCGCGGCGAAGCGAAUUGCGAACGGGCGGUCUGCCGGUAAACCCGUGGAUUACGGCGAUGGCUGGUUCAAGGAGUUGGCUUUUUACCGAAGUCCCACGGGUUCCUACCCGAGAAUCCGCCCUGCUUAUAUCGAUUUACCUGCGCUUCACAGAACGAUGCCUGGAGCACCCAGACAGGAGACUCUGACAAUGGAAGGCCACCAGCCGUGGAGCUGGCCGAACAAUCGACAACUUUAUUGCUCCAAAGACCAGACGCGUAUCUGGAAACCAUCAUUAACAGAGGGAAAGGCGGCUUCGUUCUGUCAGCGCGGGAGAAAGAAGCGGGUUCCUUACACAAAACUGCAACUGAAAGAGCUCGAGCGGGAAUACAACGACACCAAGUUCAUCACGAAGGAGAAGAGACGUCGGAUCGCUUUUUCUACAAACCUGUCUGAGAGACAAGUAACUAUAUGGUUCCAAAACCGUCGGGUCAAGGAUAAGAAGGGACCCGAAGGAUAUUAAUCCUAUUAAAGAUCCGUUCACGCAAACGCUGGCUUACAUACUGAAGAUGUUUGUUCAUUUCUUUAAAAAAAGGUGUUUUAUUAUUUGCAUCUCGUCUUAAUAAUUUAAAUAUUCUUAAAUGUCAUUCGUUAGCUACACUGAUCUUUCCUUUCGGCCGAAAUGUAUAGUUUCACGGAAGAGUCUGUAACGCUGGCGAAGAAAAAGCGGCUAAAAUGUUUUAAGCACCAAAUAAAGCGUUAAUGGCGUCUUUAAAUAAU